AUGCCUCCAUUCAAGGAUGAGCAUGUGCUCAUCAUUGCGCCCGGGUCGCAGAUGACCGCAGCUCAACUUGGGCUACCAGAGUCAUUUACGCCUCCAAGAUAUCGCUUCCCUACGCGCAUGUUCCCGGGCACCAACCCUGGAGAGUGGGAACCAGUCAAGAUCCGGACGAAGAUUACAACCAAGCCGAAAGUGGUGGAAGCCAUCCCUACAAUUGAGCCCGUUGAGGGAGGAUCGGCUGAAGUCGACUCGAAGCCCGACGUUACGACGGAUGGGGAACCGCAGAAUGUCGAAUCAAUAGCGGACCAGGCCAAUGGCGAACAGCCCAAGGUUGAGCAAGCCAAUGCGGAGGAACCACCAAAAGGCGAGCAGCCGAACGGCGAGCAACCUGGUCCCGAACAGCAGGAUGCCGACCAGGCCAGCGGCGAAAAGUCGAACGGCGCUCCGGUCGUUGAGGAAGAUGUCGAGAUGAACGAAGCACCUCCCGCUGAAGAACGCCCAAGACCAGAAACACAGGACACAGAAAUGGAACCAACUUCUGUAGAACAACCCCAAACCCAAGCUGAACCUGCUCAAGAAGACCCGUCUGCCACGACGAUUGUCGAAGACGAAACCACUGAGACAUUCGAAGAUGACCACUGGUCCACAGAAGGUGCCGUUUACCCCAUAGUGGCAGGCCAUAUAGAAAACUGGUCCUGCUUCUUCGCCCUUCUCAGCCAUAUCUACAACAUGAUAUCCCCACCUUUCCACAUGCCGGUAUUAUUCGUCGCGCAACCGUGUUGGUCAGCCCGCGAUCACGAAAUGAUUACCCAAUACGUAUUCGAGAACUGGAAGAUCCCCGCAUUCUGUCUGAUGGAUUCGGCCUUGACAGCUUGUUAUGCGUAUGGAGUGCCCACGGCGUUGGUCGUGGAUGUCGGCCAUGAGAAAUGCGACGUCAGUGCUGUGACGGAAUUCCAAGUUAAUGAUAUUGGACGCGGCACUGCUCUCGCCGAAUGUGGGGGGCGAUCUAUGACCCGGCGGCUACUAGAGGCCCUGGAAAAGCAGGGAUUUGACGAGGACAUGGCCGAGCAGUUGAAGAAGAGUCCCAUCUGCGAAAUUCUACCUCCCGGGACACCGUAUCCACAGGCUACUCCGAAUGGCAAGCCACCUCCUACUGUCAACCCCGCUGCCGCGGCUUCUACUGGCGCACUGGAUUCCGGAGCCGGCGCAAAAGAUGGGGAGGGCCUGAGACCGGGACAGGCGCCUCGAGGACCCGGCGUUGGCACAACCGUUGGUGAAGAAGGUGCAAAUGGAGAAGAUGAGGAUAAUGAAGGUGUCCUCGACGUUGCGGCGAUCGUAGCCCGCGACAACGCCGCAGAAGUGCUUGCCAAGCGGGAACGAGAAAAGGCCGAAAAGGCAGCAGCAAAGAAAGGCUCGGCUGCUGAAGGGCCCAGACCAAUUCGGCUGCGAAACUCCGAGAGAGAGCGAGCUACCUUCACCUACGUUGACUACAUCCCCCUUGAUGAAGAAUCUGCGACCGAGCAACCAUUGAGCCGGAAACGUAAGCGAGAGGUGGAAGUUGGGGUGGAGCGGUUUAUGGCGACAAAUCCUCCGCCUGGCACGUGCGAUGGUAUUAUCGAUGUCGUUGCGGAAGCGAUCCAUCAUGCUAUCUUAAGCGUGCCUGAUGUCCCUCAACGAGCAAACCUCUGGGACAAUCUGAUCGUGCUGGGCAACGGAAGCCGAGUCAGAGGCUUCACACCCGCGCUAUUAGCUGCUCUCAACUCACGCUACAUCCUCUCACCUUCCACCGCCACAAUUUUCACCUCCGAACUCCCCUCCAACUUCACGACGCCCGUCGCCACCCCCGGCACAAACACCCCCGUCCCGGGCCAAGGGAACCACCUUCUCUAUCAUCCCGCUGGCCACGGUGUCAACCCACUACUAGUAGCCGCAACGAAGAAUAUGAUGCAACCCAACCCACAACAUUUGGCCGUGCCCAACACGGCGACUGGCAUUGGCACACCUGCCUCCCUAGACCCCAACCACCCCUUGUCUUCGCACCACCACCGCGGGCACAGCCAAUCCCCGACGAGUAUUAAAACUGUCAAGCCGCCCGAGUACUUCCCUGAGUGGAAGAACCCGGCCGUAGCCGGCAUGGAAGAGGCGAGUUUCUUGGGCGCCCAGGUGGCGGCGAAGGUUGUGUUUAUCGUGGAUCAAGGCAACAGUAAAGGCUUUUUGAGUCGGAGUGAGUAUAACGAGUUGGGGCCGAGUGGAAUUCACGAGUGUGCCAUGUAA